UAUUAUCACCACUCAUUCGGUGUACCGCUGGGCUACCACACAUGUGUUGUGUUACAGUGGUUAAUCCGGAUUGACGAUCCACAUUUACUUAUUGUAAUCAUUGUGUUGCUUUAUGUUUAACACACUCAAACUGUUUUAUCAUGUUGAAGUAUUUUUAGAAUCCGCCUGUGCUAUUGAAGCUUGAUGUCAUUAUAAACAUUUGCUUAUGAACACACACUUUUAUUGGUGCAAAAUGGAAUAUUUAAUGGUUUUGUAAUCGAAAUGGACUUUCAGUGAUGGGAAAAACAUGGAUUUAUGAGAAGUAAUAGACUUCAGAUAAGAAACUGUAAUAUUUAUGGUGAGGGUGGACCGGUGAAGGCGACGGCAUGUGGCACGGCGCGCGGGUACUGGUGCUCGCGGCGCUGGGCCUAUUGGCCGGGCCUUCGCUUGCCGCCAAGAAGUUCAACAUCACCGUGGGCUACCUGCCCUCUAUCCGCGGCGAACUUCGCGACCGCCAGGGCCUUGCCAUCUCCGGCGCGUGCUCCAUGGCCAUUGAGGCCGUGAACAACGAUUCCACAUUAUUGCCGGAAGUGGAGCUGCUGUUGCAAUGGACCGACACGAUGGGCGACACUGUGGUGGCGACGCGCUACAUCACCGAUAUGAGCUGCGCCGGUGUGGUCGCCUUCUUUGGUCCCGAGGGCAACUGUUAUACUGAGGCUAUUAUUGCUCAGUCCAGGAAUCUGCCCAUGAUCUCUUACAAAUGUUCCGACUAUCAAACGUCUUCACCGCCCAACUUCGCUCGACUAGAGCCGCAAAACACUCAGGCAACUAAAUCUGUUAUAUCUCUACUGAGAUAUUACAGAUGGCACAAGUUCUCAAUACUUUACGAAGAUCCAUGGGAACGUGUGGCCCUGAUUCUGGAGAACCACGCGAAGGCGAACAAUAUGACAGUGAACCAUCAGCGAAAUGUUGUCGAAGCGUUUCGCUGUUGUGAGGAAAAACUACCUUGUUGUGCGCCCGGGUUUUGGUAUCAGUUCGUGCAGGACACCAAAAAUAGGACUCGAAUCUACGUGUUCCUUGGCUCAACGCAAGGGCUCAUCGACAUGAUGACUGCUAUGGAAUCCCUGAAGCUCUUCGCGAAAGGAGAGUACAUGGUCAUCUUCGUCGAUAUGAUGACUUACUCUCCUGACAGAGAAUCACUUAAGUAUUUGAUGAAAACGGAAGAACGAGGCUCAAAAAUAGUUUGUCCAACAAGUGCAGAGUUCAAACGCCGGGCACAAUCACUACUCGUGGUUGUAUCGUCUGAGCCAGCCGGGUCCUACGCUAAUUUCACCAAACGCGUAUCUUUAUACAAUACGCUGAAACCAUUUGAGUUCAAAUUGCCUGAGAUUUUGGAGAAAAACUCCUUUAAUAAGUAUGUCUCCAUAUACGCCGCCUACUUGUACGACUCGGUGAUGUUAUACGCCAAAUCUCUGGAUAUCGUCAUCCGUGAGGAAGUGACAGACAAGAAUGAAUCUCUUACUUAUGAAAAAUUAAUGAAAAUCGUUACAAACGGGACACGAAUCGUUGAGACCAUGACUAAGAAAAAUUCACCAUACAAAAGUGUGACCGGAAUGUCAGUUCGUUUGGACGACCGCGCGGACUCGGAGGGUAACUUCUCUGUGCUCGCGUUCAAGCCUAUGAACUUCAGUGAAGAUGAUAUAAACUGUUCGUACAGCAUGAUCCCUAUUGGACAUUUUCAGCAGAGCAAUAGGGUUUAUCCUGAAUACAAAACGAAUCCACGUAUGCCAAUCGACUGGCCCGACGGCGUAAAACCAGAAGACGAACCAUCUUGUGGUUUCCUCAACGAAAAAUGUCCUAAAGAUGAUUCUCAAAUUACUUCAUUAGUUGUAGCGGGGACUCUAGCAGUUACAUUAUUCUGUGCAUUAGUGGUUACAGUGAGCAUUUAUAGGAAGUGGAAGAUUGAACAAGAGAUUGAAGGGUUAUUGUGGAAGAUCGACCCUACUGAGAUCGCUGGGUAUAUGGGCAGCGGGCUCGUGUGGUCGCCUAGUAAGUUAAGUUUAGCAAGUGGCAUAUCGUGUGACAGCAAGUGCUGCACGCAAAUAUUCACAACUACAGCUCAGUACAAGGGGAACGUCGUUAGGAUAAAAGAACUGAAAUUCUCCAAGAAGAAGGACAUAUCACGCGAAGUAAUGAAGGAGAUGCGUUUGCUUCGCGAGCUGCGGCACGACAACUUGAAUUCUUUCGUGGGUGCCGUAGUCGAACCGCUGCGGGUGCUCCUUAUCACGGAUUAUUGCGCUAAGGGCAGCUUAUAUGAUAUAAUCGAAAAUGAAGAUAUUAAACUGGAUAAUAUGUUUAUAUCUUCGCUAAUUCAUGAUCUCAUAAAGGGUAUGAUAUUUAUUCAUACUUCGCCAUUGAUUUUUCAUGGUAAUCUCAAAUCUUCGAAUUGUGUAGUGACGUCCAGGUGGAUGCUUCAGGUUGGCGAUUUUGGUCUUCACGAACUAAGGUAUUCUGCAGAAAACGAUUUUAUUGGAGAACAUCAAUAUUACAGGGGGUUGCUGUGGAAGUCACCCGAGUUACUAAGGGAGUUAGAAGACCCGAACGGUACUGUAGGAGGCACACAGAAAGGCGACGUAUACGCUUUUGGCAUAAUUUUGUAUGAAAUCAUCGCAAGGAAAGGACCUUUUGGUCCUACUGCUUUGGAACCUAAAGACAUCGUAGACCGAGUGAAAAGACCGAAACUAGACAGCGAGGAGAUAUUCAGGCCAAACACGAGCAUAAUAGAAACUGAAACGGAGGACUACGUGAUUACACUUAUGAGAGAGUGUUGGUCUGAAGACCCCAAUCUCAGGCCCGACUUCACUACCAUACGCACUCGUCUCAAGAAAAUGAAGGGCAAGUCACGCAAUGUAAUGGACCAAAUGAUGGAUAUGCUAGAGAAGUACGCAAACAAUUUGGAAGAACUAGUCAGUGAACGGACGAGGUUACUCAAUGAAGAGAAACAGAAGACAGAAGAUCUGCUUCAUAGAAUGCUGCCAAAGUCAGUAGCACGCAAGCUAACGCGAGGUGAAGGCGUAGAACCGGAGUCAUUCGAUUCAGUCACAAUUUACUUCAGCGACAUCGUCGGUUUUACUUCGAUGUCGGCUGAAAGUACACCGCUCCAAGUGGUGAAUUUCCUCAACGACCUAUAUACAGUGUUCGAUAGAAUUAUCAGAGGCUAUGACGUGUACAAAGUUGAAACUAUUGGCGACGCGUAUAUGGUGGUAUCAGGUCUACCUAUUAGGAAUAACGAUCGGCAUGUCGGCGAGAUUGCCUCGAUGGCGCUUGAGCUCCUCAGCGCGGCAAAGAGUCACAAAAUAUCACACAGACCAAACGAAACUCUCAAACUAAGAAUAGGCGUUCAUACAGGUGCGGUAGUAGCAGGUGUAGUAGGUCUUACAAUGCCACGCUAUUGUCUAUUUGGGGACACGGUGAAUACUGCUUCACGUAUGGAGUCAAACGGCGAGCCUCUGCGCAUACAUAUCUCGCCGAGUUGCAAGCAGGCGCUUGACAAGAUCGGCGGCUACGUCACUGAACCACGUGGCACAAUUCCUAUUAAGGGCAAAGGGCAGUUGCAAACAUAUUGGCUAGUCGGAGCGACAGAGAAGGCGAUUCAAAAGAGGGCUGUGGAGGGCGAAGAAAGGCCGCUCUUCUGCCGUCCGCGCAGGAGUCCACGGUUGACUGACUCGAGACACCCCUCCGUAUCAGAAUCUAAUCCCGGAUGGGCGCUGAUUGCCAGUAGUUUGGCACGGCAGCGGUUGGCGAGCAGCGGCACGCGCGGUUCGCGUAGCUCCCUGCCUGCGCCCAUAUCACCGCCCGCGCAGCGCCGCUCCCGAACCGAACACGGACCCAGGACGAGGAACGCAUUGAGUUCUAUAGCAUCGUCGACGGCAUGCGAAGGCGACGAUGAGUCGCUGAACUCCCGCGCAGGAGCACUGCGGUGCGCGCAUUCACUGGACCUGCUGGCGUGCGGCGCAAGCACCGGCGCUAGCCGCCGCGAGGCGCACUUGCGGCGGCAACAAACCACCCAGUCGCUUGACGCUACUGCCGCCAUCUCCACCGUCUCCACCGUCUCUGCCCCCGUCUUCAACGGACCCAUCAUCGGCAUCGUCCCCGAGGACCUGCCCAAAACCGAAGAGGACAGCCCGCUCCUCCGCAAGUGCAGCCUCUACAACAAGUUCGACCGCAACAAAAGAAAGGUGCACGACUCCAAUUACAUAGAGUUCUACAAGAAGUGGCGGUCGCUGGAGAACGUGGCGGACGUGAAGAGCGAUAUGCGUAAGAUCCCGCGACUGGCCAUCCGCUCCUGGUUGCUGGGCUUCUUCCACGGCGGCACGCGCAGCAGCAGCUCUUCGCUGCGUCGCGCUCCUCCCCUCCUUGACCGCGAGUCCGCCGUCUGACCAACUCCCCUAUCCCCUACAUUAUCC